UAGUCACUUACUUCCCAAGUUCCCAUUUCCCAAACGGCCAAACCCAAACCUAAAUCAAAAAUUAGAUUUAGGGUUCCUCACUUCCUCUGUGCUACACUGCACUGACGCCUUCUUCCUCAACUCGACUGUGACGCCUUCUUCCUCAGCUCGUCGCUCAUCCUUCUUCGUCAGUCGGCCAAUGGAAGAGGAUGCCCCUGUGAAAAAUGAGGAAGAGGAGUUCAAUACUGGCCCACUUUCUGUCCUGAUGAUGAGUGUUAAGAAUAACACUCAGGUGCUCAUCAACUGUAGGAACAACAGGAAACUUCUCGGCCGUGUGAGGGCGUUCGAUCGUCACUGCAACAUGGUGCUUGAAAAUGUUAGGGAAAUGUGGACUGAGGUUCCCAAGACUGGAAAAGGAAAAAAGAAGGCUCAACCUGUUAACAAAGAUAGGUUCAUUAGCAAGAUGUUCCUUCGGGGAGAUUCUGUGAUCAUUGUCCUCCGAAAUCCCAAGUAGAGGUGAACCGGGUCUGAGUGAUUUGGAGCAGAACUUGUGAAGCAGCUAGGAGUUGGACGAGCUUGUAUAACUUUUCGUAUUGGUAGAACAUGGAGAGGGUGCUGUAAGACUUGAAAUAUGAUUUUGCUGUUCUGCUGUUAUCUAUUUCAGGGACCUUGUAAACAAUGGAUUUUAAAGUGGUUUUCUUGUGGUAUGUGUUAUGAUCAGCUAAUGUGUAGGGUGCCUUACCUUUCA